AAUAAAAAUAACCGGCUGCGGAAAAUUUUAAGCGUUUGAAGUUUGAUAAAGUAAGGUUAUUAUUUAUCGUUUGUUGGAUACAAUUUGUGUUCAGUAUUUUACAAGUAAAUGUUAAUACUAAAUGCGAAUUUUACAUAAUGUCUAAAAAUCUCUUCAUAAGGAUGCCCCUAGUGGCUUGUCGAGCCAUUGGAUUACAAUGUCAACAAAGUAACUUCUCUACUUCGAGACUUAACAAUCAGAAAACUGAAAAGACAAUCAACCAAGUCACCCUGCUUGGAAGAGUGGGAUCCGACCCACAGAAGAGAGGAUCAGAAGAACAUCCAGUGGUAAACUUUCCUCUUGCGACUCAUUUUAGUUACAAAUAUGAAUCUGGUGAUGUCUUGCAAAGAACUGAUUGGCACAGAAUCAGUGUCUUCAAACCAGGCCUCCGAGACACAGUCUACAAAUUCCUAAAAAAAGGCCAAAGGGUGUAUGUUACUGGAAAGUUGUCAUACGGAGAAGUAAAACUCGACGAUGGUCAAGUUCGAAGUGCAUCCACAAUAAUAGCAGAUGAUAUUAUAUUUUUCCAAAGUACACCAGAUGAAAGUGCUUAAUCAUUAUCUUGUAAGUUGAUUAGUUUAUAGGAUAAAAGUGAAUUCUAAAAUAUUAAUUGCUUGGAUAUUAUAA